UAGUCGACAUUUAGGCGUUGAGCAUUGUGCGCUUAACGGUAAACCGAAAUAUUGGUGUUCGAACGGCAGUUUACCGUUUAAUUGCAACAUUUUGAUAAACUUUCAACUUGUUUGCAAUAGUCUUUUAAAUACUUUAACCUCUUCGUGCGCGCUUUCAAUUAAGUUUGGUGUGUUUAUUGCUGUUGUUGUUUUCGUGAGAAGCGCGUGGGUGAAGCGUGCUACAGCAUGUGGCUAUUAAAACGCAGCAUUUAACAACAGCUCGGAUUACUUGAAAAUUUCGCAAAAAAAUUUGUUUUGUAAUGUUGGCAACAUUUAUUUGUUAUAGUCGCUGGAGAGGCGUGGGCAACAGUUGCAGCCGCGGUAUGUUUACAUUGUGGCCGUUCAAGUGGACGCUGCUGUUGUUGCUCAUGUUUCUCAUUAACAAAGUGGCAGCCAAAUGGCCACCUGACGCACCGCUGCGCUACUACCACCAGCAAAGGCCCCGCCAAUACUUUGACGACUUUGCAAUUGAUUCGCGAAAUUUUGACAAUGAAAACUCUAUGGACGGAAACGGAAAUGCCGUAUUUGGCAAAACAAUCGCAGAUGAAAUGACGUUGCGAGAUUUAUUGCAAUCAAAUGAUAUUGAAAUUCCUGCCGAGGAAAGACGUCAGCGGCAACUGCAAUGGCUGGGCAGUUGGUUAUUUGGACAAAGGCGACCGGAAGCGAUGCGAGCGCAACAACAAACAGGCGAGGCAAAAACGUCACAACAACAGCAGCAGCUGGCAUAUCCGCCAAGGUUACUCAUGCCCUUAGAACCGGCACAAAAGCAACAACAAACACAGCAACAAAAUGAUUUUGACAUACACGACGCAGAUAUUGUUGUCUACAAGAAGACACCCGAAUUUGUGCCAGGUGAGGAGAAGAAGCUUGCACCUGAAACGGAUAAAAGUGCGAAUGAUGACGGCGCGACUAACGCGCUGGCAGAGGAUGGGGAGAAACGUGACAAAACAAUUGACACCUUAACGGAUUAUGAUUAUAAACUGGAUAUGAGUGGAGAUAAUGGACGGUAUAAAAUCGAACAACCGUUACGUUCCAAACGUAUUUUAUAUGCGCGUAAUAUUGGUCUGGAUGCUGGUUAUAUACCCUACACAGCAUAUCAGCACGAACGACAGCAAGAGCUUAACGAGGCAAAGAAAUUGGCUUAUAAGCGCAACAAAACCGGCAAUAUGGAUCAACGGAACUUUCUACCCUCCAUUAGCGCUGGCGCCAUGACCCAUCUGGGCAACUUCUUUACGGAUCUCUCGAAGAAUGUGCGCUACAAUGAGAAAUCCCAACCGUUGAAUCAUGAGGAGGCGAAAUUGCUCGAAGGUCAUCAUCCCUUGCGACAGCUGCAUGAGCGUAUGGUCGGUGAACAUGAGGCCAAUGCGGGUUGGUACACAAAACUUGUUGUUGCAUAUCUAGCACAUUUUAGACUUUCUCUGUUUGUAUUCACAGAGUUAUUGCAUGCGAUUCGCACAUAUCGGCCCUCGCAGAAGAUCCGCUCUUUGGUGGCGAUGAAUCCGCGCGGCUAUCAUGGCGCACAAUUCAUCGAUCCCAAUUAUAUGUGGGUGGGUUUGGGUAAAUAGCGAUACGCGCGGCGGCGUUGUGGUAGCUGGCAUUGUGCCAUUGAUCCGCCUUGUUGGCAUGGAGUAAGAGAAUGAGGUUCUCAAGUGCCCUGCUCUCCUUCUCAUACACUCCACUCCAAUUAUUCCACCACACCCCACCACACCGCGUUUGAAGAGUUACAACGAAACACCAUGGAUGCAAAUAUGUUACUUAGAAUGAAGCAAAUAUGUUUGUGAAUAUGAUUGGCUUAAGUCUUUUCCAUCCCAGAGUUUUAUAUAUUGAACAUGUACCGAUGUUGCAUUUUUUUUAAUGAAUUU